CACUGAAGAGACAUUAAUUGUCGAAAUCCGGAUAUGGUGUACAAAAACCUUUGCACCUUUUGUUUGCGGUAUAUCACCUUUUCCGCAAGUUUAUUGUUUUCUAUUUAGUAUCAAAUUUAUAAUUAAGAUCCAUUUAUUACAUCGGUGAUCCGUUUAUUUGGCAAUCGCCAAUGGCAGUCAGCAGGGUUUAAGUACAUUUGUUGUUCGACCUGUUAGUCAAAUGCGUUUUGUUAAAAUAUACUUUUUCACUUUUUUGGUCUUUUGGAAAAUGUUGUUUGUGCUGUAUUAAGACCCCUCUAACAAGAAAUUUGUUUUGCAUGCACACGUAUAAAAAUUGCGGUUUUUACCCAACGCAAUCAUAGGUUUGAACGUUGUUUUUAAUUUAGACUUGUAUAUAUAUAUUUAUAUAUAGUAGUUUACGUCUCGUAUAGUUAAUCCUGCAUCAGUUGUACAUCAUUAUGAAUUAUAUACAUGUACCAGUUGUUCCAAAACCGUUCUAAUUAUUAUUCAAAAGUAGGAAUGUAAAAUGACAAAGAACUGUCCAAUUUGUUAUAAAUCUUCUAUAGUUAUAAGACCGAUUUUAGAACAACUGAUACAUGUAUAUGAUAUACUGAUGAUAAUAAUAUGAUGUUCAGAGUUGAUCAACUCGAUCGUGUCUUAUCUAGUAUAUGCUUAAGAUAGCUAGAUUUACUUAAUUGUACAAGAAUGGACAUAACUUUGAUGUUUCGCUUAUUAAUUACAACAAGUUUACUGUUGUGUAUAAUUAUUGUUUGCUAUGAGUGUUACACGAGUUUUAUCUGCUUUGGGAUAUUUUAUUUGGCAUUAAAAGUCACGGAACGGAACUUCAAGCAAUUCUUGCCUGUAAAUAAAAAGGCUGUUCUGAUAACCGGAUGCGAUACAGGUAAGUUAGUCUGAUUUUAACUACAUCACACCUUGGAUUGGAUAUUUCUGAUAUUUGUUUAUCUAAUAAGCAAAACAAGAUGUGUAGAAUCCGUCAAUGAGACAUCACCCAAACGACACGAACAAAGCCUAAUUGAUAUAUUGAUUAGCAUACGGUUUUGCCAUAUUAGAUAGUGAUUGAUAGAUUGGUGUCUAACGCUAUUAUUGUGCUAUUUCCUGGCGGUCAGUUUAAGGAGGAAGCUGGAGUAGGGAAAUUGAAAAUCCUAUUCAAUUAAGUUUGGAGUUAAGAGCACCUGCCACAUGCGGGAUUCGAACUCACAACCUCGGUGUUGACAGGCUAUUGAUACAAUAGUUGGACUACUUCUGAAGACCACUCGGCAACCAAGGCCUCUGUUUAUCUAUGAGAUGUGUAAAAUCUAUCAAAGAGACACAAACCAAACAAUACGAAAGAAAAAACAUAUAAAUGAUAUCUAUAUUGACAUACAAAACAGUGUCUAUAGAAUAUGUAAAGUUCUGAAUCGCACAGUCUAAAAAUAUUGUAAACAUAUUAAAUAGAGACGAUAAAAUAUCUUCAAUCAAUACUUUGUCAAAGGAUGGGAUAAAAGAUUUGCUGCAACACAUGUACAUAAUCAAAUAUAACCGUAGUUGUUUGUGACAAAUAUUCCGUAACGGUCAAUAAAAAAACAAAAAAAAAAGCUACAUGUAUAUACAAGUACGUACAAUGGAUGUACUUAUUAAGCUUUCGGAAAUCGUGAAAAGUGACCUUGUUUAGUGAAAAGGGAAAAAAGUUGACUCUCUCCAUGAAGAAACAACGUCAAUGUUAUCUUCAUAUAAAAAUAAGAAGAUGUGGUAUAAUUUCCAAUGAGACAUCUAUCCACCAGGGACCAAAUGACGUUAUAUUGGUCACCGUACGGCCUUCAAAACCCAUACCGCAUAGUAAGUUAUGCCGGUUUCUUUUAUAGGAUUUGGACACGACUUAGCAAACCGGCUGGUCGAUGAUGGGUUUAUUGUGUUUGCUGGUGUAUUAAACUUCAGUGGAAAAGGAGCAUGCGAACUAAGAAAUAGGAAUCUUAGAAACUUAAAUGUUGUACAACUUAAUCUUAUAAAGGCGGAUGAAAUAGGCAAAGCAGUUGCUAUAGUUUCAGAACAAUUUUCUGCAAAAGGUUUGUGGGCAGUAGUUAAUAAUGCAGGAAUAGGCAUUGGAGGAGACAUAGAACUGUGCAAUCUACAUCAGUUCAGAAAUAUAAUGGAAAUCAAUUUGUUGGGACAUAUGACUAUUAUCAAAGCAUGUCUACCAUUAUUACGACGAUGUAAAGGACGAAUUGUCAAUGUUUCCUCUGUUAGAGGUCGAUUUCCAUGGCCUGGAUAUUCAACCUACCAUGUGUCUAAAGCAGGAAUGGAAACAAUGUCAGAUUCUUUAAGAUUGGAAAUGGUGAAAUUUGGUAUUAAGGUUGCAAUUGUUGAACCCGGUUGGUAUCCAUUAGCAACCGCAUCGAUGUCGAUUGAAACGUGUGAAAGAGUGAAAAAUGACUGUGAAGAACAAUGGAAAGAAGCAAGUGAAGAACUUAAACGGUUGUAUGGACGAAAAUACUUCUUUGCAUGGUAUGACGAAAUGUUGGUGAAUAGAAAAGACACACGUGCGGCUUCUUCAUCUAAACCUGUAAUUGACGCUAUGGUAGACGCUCUACGAAACGUUCAUCCUAAAAAUAGAUAUCUGGUUGAUGGUGGACAGGGAAUCAACAUCGAUACUCGUGCCAGAUUAGCUGCAUGUUACAACUUUUUACCAGACUAUGUUAGUGAUCCAUAUCUGAUGUGGACAAGUGGAUAUAAAUUCAAACAACUAGGAGAAUAGAACUUUUUGCAUCUAGAUAUUUCAUAUAAAUUUUAAUGGAAGGAAAUACAUACUUGCUAUUCUUGACAAUGUUGACAUACUGAGUUGAAUUGUAUGCUGACUGAAUAAGAUUAACCAUCCAUUUUAUAAAGCAGUGAAACAAAUGUUUAUUUAUA